CAAUGACGAAACGUUAUGGCUUUGCCUUUCUUGCCUGGAAAUUCCUUUGACAGAAAUGUAAACCCGUGAUGAAUCGCUAAUUUUUUCUUAGAUUGGGAAGGAUAAAUUCCAUAAAUCUCAUUAUUUUGAACGAUAUAAUACUGUCCCAUUUCAAUAUGGGGAUGAUAAAGUCGGAAUUGGCGGUGAUAAACUCCCAGGUCAACGAAUAGAGGCGCCAACCAGCAAGUACCCAUCCGGUAUAGGAAAACAACUCCCUACGUGGUUGGCGUUCGAGAAACAGUGCUUGUCAUUCGAUGCCUACUUCCAAGAAACAGUGAACGAACGCCGUGAGGAGCAAUAUCGGGUUCGGCGCUGCAAAGUUUAUUUCUACCCCGAAGAUGAUACCAUUCAAGUUGUGGAGCCGAGAUUAGCAGACACAGGCAUACCACAAGGAACGAUCAUUCGUCGGCAUCGAAUUGCGAAACCACCACCAGAAGACCACCUGUUCUACACGGUUGAUGACUUCAACGUAGGGAAUGAGUUCACUGCUUAUGGAAAGAAGUUCCGACUGGUAUCAUGUGACCCGUUCACAGCAAACUUUUUGCGAAAACUUGGAGUGCGUCUGGGGGAGCCGGAACCGAUUCCAGAUGACCCAUACAUGGUUCACCGCAAAGCUUACACAGAGUCUAUGCAACCGCUGCGACCUUAUGAACGUAUCGACAAACUACGACAGUUCUUGGAUCAUGAUCGUCAUGUGCUUCGAUUUUUCUGUUUCUGGGAUGAUACGGAAUCACUGUAUGGAGAUCCUCGUGAAAUGGUGCUGCACUACUUUUUGGCUGAUGACACCAUUGAAAUCCGCGAAGUCAUUCCAGCAAAUUCGGGACGAGACAGUGCUCCAUGUUUCUUACGACGUCAGAAGUUACCACGAGGAGUUCCACAAGUCCCCCUUCCGGGCACGAUAACUGACCGAACUCUUCUAAACGUAUUUGGACAUCCACAAAGGGGUGGGCGGUAUAUCCUUGACAGUUUGAAGAUUGGCGCUUACAAAGAAGACUUCUACACGGAUCGCGAUUUGACAAUUGGAGCCAGUCUGAACGUUUACGGGCGUAAAUUUAUCCUAUGUGACUGUGACGAAUUCACAAAAGAAUACUAUCGGGUGAAGUAUGGCCUAACCGACUUCACGCCAGUGAAGCCAAACAUUCCAGAGACACGCAUCCCAGUGGUCCGCGAGAACCCUCCAUAUAACGGAUGGGGCUCUGAAGAAGAUAGUUUGGCUAACUGCAAGAGCCUUAUUCCGGUUGCCCCGAAAGCAGACUUUGUGAAAUUUAUGACAAAGGACAAACAAGGCCUUGAGUCGUUCAUCCUUCGUUUCUACGCUCAACUAAUCACGGAUAUACCAGUGGACAAGGACCGAGUAUUUGUAAUCAACUGUUUCUUGUCCGAUGAUACAUUCUCCGUAUACGAACCACCAAGACGGAACUCAGGAUUUAAAGGUGGUCUUUUCUUGGAACGUGGCCGUGUGAAGAAACCAAACGCAGAACGCUUUGGUGUUGACCCGCCAGAUUAUUACAGCCCAAGUGAUCUAUACGUCGGUGCUGAAGUUAUUUUCAACAGUUUCAAAUUUAUCGUCUUGGAUGCUGACGAAUACGCGUACAAAUACAUGGAAGAACACUCGGCCGAAUUCCCCUAUUCCAACAUAAAGAAGAUACAUGACAAGCUUCGUCCGUUUGCCAAAGAACGCUGUGAAGAACUCAACGCUUUUGGAAAAAACCAGGACCCAGACGGAACAGGAACGUUUGGUUUCCAGCAACUUGAAUGUUUGAUAUAUCAGCUGACGGGACCGCAGCAUGCACUGAAUAAACAAGAGCUACUUACGCUGGGAAGGUAUCACGCACAUCGUCCACUAACCGAGAUACAGCACGGUACUUUGUUGGGCUUGGUACAACAAGCACUGCGCAGGCAUGCAUUCGAAGAUUUUGGCAGUCUGCUGCAGGUCUGCAGACAGGCAGAUCCAGAGAAAAACGGCGAAAUCCAACGGGAAGUGCUACGUCGCAUUUGCAAAUCGAAUCGAGUGCCAGUUCCGGAUGAUAUGCUUGACACAUUGAUGGAUUUCUCAUCAACACAAAGUGGAACCAUUCGCUAUGAACCUUUCAUCAAUCAGCUCAACUGGCGCUGCGAACACGUAGGAGCAGUUCCAAACGUGCCAUGCGACUACACCGGCAAUCUGGAAGUCGACUGGCUGCCCACCACCAAAGGAGAACCACCGAAGUCUCUGGGACCAUCCUAUACACCCCAGUCGGAGAAAAUCGGUCGGGUCCGAUACCAGUCGCUGUUUGACGAAUUAUGUGUUUCAUUUAUUUUCUCUUCUACUCUACUACACUCGAAAUGGAACGCACUCUUCGCUGGUCCCAGCACGAGGACUGACCGCUUUGUCACCAAGACCUCGCGCCCAGUUGCCGCUUUUCUGACCCCGCCCUCAGUAAUAUCCCUAAACACCUCAAACUUGGUUUUUAAACCCCGAAGGCAGGUCUACUUUGCCCUCUCUAAUGUUUGCAGACUGAACUAUGGAAAAGAUUAUUUGAGACUUGACAGAACGGUGUGA